AUGGAUGGACGUUCUUCUCUUCCAGUGUCAGACAGCAGGAGAAUUGUCAUCCUGGGGAAAACCGGAGUUGGGAAAAGCAGCCUCGUCAACACCAUCUUCGGAGAGCAGCGGUUAACCAUCGGACACUCUGCGAUCUCCGAAACCAGCAGAUGUCAAGAGACGACUCGACUGGUCGCCGGGAGAAGCACCACUCUGAUCGACACGCCCGGUUUAUUCGACACGAGCCGCUCUGAGCCGGAUCUGAUGGCUGAAGUAUGUCGGAGCGUCACAGCGUUCCCUCCCGGGCCUCACGCCUUUCUCCUCGUGUUCAAAGUGGAGAGAUUCACGCAGCACGAGCAGGACGUCGUCCUGAAAAUAACACGCUACUUUUCCGAAGAGGUUUUCAAGUACGCGACGCUCGUCUUCACUCACGGCGACGAGCUCCCCGAAGGAGAGACCGUGGAGCGCUUCGUCCUCGGCAACGCGCUCGCGAGGGAGCUGGUGGCGAGGUGCGGAGGCCGCUGCCACGUCAUCGACAAUCGAUACUGGAGGAGCGGCGCGAGGCUCGAAUACAGGAGCAACCGGAUCCGAGUGGCGGCGCUCCUCAACACCAUCGAUGAGAUGAUGGAGGCAAACGGAGGAGAAUGCUACACCAAUCAGGCUCUCCUAUUUACGAGUAAUUUGCUCUUCGGGAUGCGUAGUAUCGGAGCGUUAUUUGAGAGACUUUUCAACGAUCAAAAUGAGUGAUUUAGGCUGUUAUAAAUGAUCAUUUAUUAUUAAGAAUUACUCUCUCAUAAUAACUAUGACUUAGCAUCUCAUAAUAAUGAUAAACGUUCCAUAGUCCUGUAUGUAUGAGAC